AUGGCCAGACGAAGCUCUAAGAAGCUGUCAUUAUUCAGCAAGUCAGAACAGUAUGAAAGGGUACCUCUGGAAAUUGAAGAUGAGAUCUUGGAAAUCUACACAAAAUUGACGGAGAAAGGGGAGGAUCUAUACCUCAGUGACCUCCCAGAGUUGUUUGAGCUGCUUAGAAUACCGAACUGCUUUGUAGAAGAGAUCAACCAAUGUAUUUCUUACUACUACAAGUUUAUGCGUAGCAAACCACAGUUGAAGUUCGAUUCUACCAACGCCAAACAGUAUACUACUAUCAAUUUGAUCCAUGCCUAUUGUGUCACAGGAACGGUGAAAAGUCUAGAGGAUAUCCUUGAUAUCGUGGAUAUCGACAAAUUGAUAAGAAAUGUCGCAAGAUUGGUCAAGUUCAGAGACAAUUACAAGCACAUCGUUGAUAGUUUCAGGUUGUUCGUAGCCUCGGCAUCAAGUAAAACAUUAACUGACUCCGAGGUAAUAAACUACAAAUUGACGUUGCCAGACCUCAAACAGGUGAAGACAGAACUCAAUCUUGAUCAAGAUAGUAGCGCUGGUUACUCCCUUAGUGACUCUCUAUUGAUCGAUAUGUUGAGCUGCUGUGCCACAAGCUCUAAGGGUGAGCUCUUGAACUUCGACUUUAAUAAGCCUAAGAAUGGCACCUGUAUAACGAUCAAAGACUUUGCCGAGAUUCUAGGGAACUUGGGCGAAUAUGACGAAUGA